AUGGUUUCCCUAUUUUCCGUCUUUCUUUUCUCUAUUCUUCUCGUCGGGUUGACCUACGGAUCGGCCAGUAAGAACGCAACGGACUUCGCCGUCCAAAAAUUCUUGGAUCGUAUGGAGAAAGCUAUCCGGUCUGAAAAUAAGGAUGAUGUCGCUCGCCUAUUCUCUCCAAGUUUCAUACUUUAUGAGUGUGACAAGACCACUGAUAAAAAAGCCAUCGUAGACCGUCUUGCCAAUCUCUCUGCUUCAAGUCUCUAUAAAUUCUACGAAAUGUCCUCACUCGACAAUGAUGAUACCAUCAGAUUCGAAGCUUUUGUUCAAGACCACGGAAAGACAAUUAUGGAUGCUGAACUUGUACUCAAUAAAAAAGAGCAACGCCUUGACAGUGGAAGACAAUUGCGGUGCCAGAAGCAACAAUCGGAUUCAGGCGCUUCUUAUGAGGCAGCAAAGUAUUUUGAAAGAUUUAUCAAGUUGGUUCAACACAAGGAGCUGGAAAAACUCAAUGAAGCUUUCGUCCCUGACUUUGUUCUGACUGGAUGUGGCAGGACCUUGAGCAGAGAAGACAUUGUGGAAUAUUUGCUGAACCUUCCAACUGGUCCCUCCGGUGCCAUGUAUUUCCCCGUUAGAUUUGCUGAGGCUGAUGGAAACUUACUGCGAAUGAAUGUCGCAGUUGAAGUCGGGCCACAUCUCAUCAAUGCCGAUUUCAUUCUCCUCCGUGACGGCCAAAUGUUGGAGAACGGAAUCGCUCACGAGUGCAAGCUUCGUUUCUAA